UCUACUCCUAGUUGUUGGACCUGAGCUGCUCUGUAUUAUUGAUUGAAGAUGGAGCCAUAUACUCUGUGAUUUUUUUUUUUUAAUGUUCUUCUUCCUUUUUCUUUCUCCACAGCUUCUGCCCAAACCUGUCGGCCAUUUCCUCCAUCCUAGGGCUGACUCACAACGUCGCUGGCGUGACCUUUCUGGCUCUGGGGAACGGAGCCCCUGAUGUGUUCAGCGCUAUGGCUGCCUUCUCCAGGCCCCACACCGCUGGACUGGCCAUCGGGGCCCUCUUUGGUGCUGGGAUCUUUGUGACGACUGUUGUGGCUGGCAGCGUGGCUUUGGUCAAGCCCUUCACCCUGGCCUCCCGACCCUUUCUGAGGGACAUGAUUUUCUACAUGGCAGCUGUGUUCUGGACUUUCACCAUUCUCUACAAAGGGCAUAUAGCCUUGGCAGAGGCACUAGGAUACAUAGGCCUGUAUAUGGUGUAUGUUGCCGCUGUCCUGGUGAGCGCCUAUAUCUAUAACUACCGGAAGCGCUCCAUUAAUGGGCCAACCCCAGUACAAACACCAGAUUUGCUGACUAGCGGUGAAUACAGUGAGAGUCUCAACAAGAGCAUACAGACAUAUGAUGAGGAGUACCAGCCUCUGCUCCCCCACACACUCUCCACCAGCCAGAUCCUCCUGGGCUCUCUGAGGCCCGUGGACAGCAGGAGGUGGAGGAGGAAACCCUGGACCUGGAGGGUCUUGAAGCUGGUGAAGAUGCCUCUGGAGGUGCUGCUGCUCCUCACUGUGCCUGUAGUGGACCCAGACAAGGAGGACCACAACUGGAACAGACCCCUCAACUGCCUCCACCUCAUCACUGGCCCUCUCGUGUGUGUGCUUACCUUUAAUUCAGGACAAUAUGGCCUGUACCUAAUCGAGGGUGAGUUCCCUGUCUGGGCAUUGGUGGUGCUUUUUGGCGUUUUCUUGGCUGCUAUCGUCUUCUGCAGCACCACCAAUGAGCAUCCGCCGGAGUACCACUUUCUGUUUUCCCUGCUGGGGUUUGUGGUGAGCGCUCUGUGGAUCAACACGGCAGCCUCUGAGGUGGUGAGUGUGCUGCACAUGCUGGGGAUCGUCUUCAGCCUCAGCAACACGGUGCUGGGCCUCACACUGCUGGCCUGGGGCAACAGCAUCGGAGAUUUAGUCUCGGACAUUACGAUAGCCCGUCAGGGUUAUCCCCGCAUGGCCAUAUCCGCCUGUUUCGGAGGAAUCCUCUUCAACAUGUUGUUUGGUAUAGGUCUGGGCUGCUUGCUGCAGAUGUUCGGUGGUAAUCACAUAGUGACGCUGGAACCAGAGGGUCUUCUGUGUUGGAUCCUGUCCGGUGCUCUGGGGCUCAGUCUGGUUCUGUCAUUCGUGCUCAUCCCACUGCAGUGCUUCCAUCUCACCCGUGCCUACGGCAUCUUCCUCAUCGUCUUCUACUUCAUCUUCCUCCUGGUGGCCCUCCUCACCGAGUUUGGGAAGAUCCACUUGGGGGCGCUGUGAUGCUCUUUGAGGGACUGACCAGGAUGGUGAAGGAACAUUUGCACUGUGAUGAUCACAGAACUGAAGCAGCGAUGCAACAGACAAUCUGCUGGUUGUUAACUGUCCACAGGCAGUGUGUUCCACCCCUCCUGUACAAUGGAGAAGUCCACGACAGGUGGAUGUGUUCUGUUGCAUUACACAUUUUUUUUUAUUAUUUGUGAUUUUGUGAAUGUGCAGUCCAUGGAGGAAAGAAAUGUGUCUUAUUCAAGGCUCCCACAUGAAUGUGUGAUGGGAUGAACAGAAUGUUCUUGGCUCUGCGUGGGUAUCGUCUGUUUUGUGCCAGUAAUGCUUCGGAGGUGAUGGAUAGCCUUUUCAGCCCCACAUCCUCUACACAACAUGUUCCGUUUAUUUGACAUCCUCAAAUGACAGCCACACAUGUUCAUCCUUUGACUAAAGGGUGUAUAUGUGAAUUAGCAUUUCUAGUGGAAACAAUGUUUUGAUAAUCUGUGGCAUUUUGAAUUAGGGUUUGUUUUGUUUAUUUUUGUUGUUUUUGAUCUAAAAAAGGUGAGUAGGUUACAACACCAAUAAAUCAACCACAAGCACAUUAGAAUGCCAUCGAGUCAUGCCUAUUGCAGGACAUUGGGCCAUGCAAACAUUAUUCCACGAGAAGUGAUCUGAGCAAAUAUGGGAACAUUUUCUUAAGCACUGCUUGAACAAUGGAUGCAUCGUCAGUCUGUCCUGUUGGGCUAGAAUACAUAAAUGGUGAUUUGUCUUACAUAGACAAAGAAUGAAGCUCUAUGCAAGUACUGUACUAUCUUUGAAGGGUCACUGAUCUUCACCACCAUCUUCAAAGGUCAGGAAGAGUUGUAUGUAAAACAUGUAGUUAAACACAAGGGAUGUAAAAUCUCAAUUCAACAUUUUUAUUGAUGGUAUUAAAACACAGUUGAACACUU